AUGAUCUCUCGUUCAAACUGCCUUAAUGCUUUCCGUACUGCUUCUCGCUACUACUCAACCUCCAUCAUAAAGCCAAAAUACACCUCCUUACCAAGUGGUUUAACAAUCGCUACUCAAUCUGAUCCAAAUGCAAAAUCCUCUGCAAUUGGUCUAUACUUCGGUACUGGUUCCAAAUACGAAAACCCCUACAACAAUGGGGUCUCCUCUCUCAUCGGCAACUACUUUGUCAACUUGAACCAAAACGACGCUGCAAAGUUCGGUUCCAUAUUGUCCUUUGAAAACUCAAGAGAAUCAACUGGUAUCAUAUCUCAAUCAAUCAACCCAGAGCAAUCCCUAUCCCAACUAGCCUCCUUUUUCAACUCUCCAGACUUCGACUCCUCUCUAGUCCAAUCCCAAGCCAAACUAGCCUCCAAAAAUGCUGAAAUAUUCGAAUCAAAUUACCCCAAAAUGGUCCUCGAACACUUGCACUCUGUUGCCUUUCAAAACUCAUCCUUAGCUCUACCAGUCAACGGUACCUCCGACACUUUAUCAACUUUGCAAUCCUCUGACUUGGAAAAAUUCUUUAAGAAAAACUACUUUGCAAGCAAUGCUGUCGUUGUGGGUGCCGGCAACAUUGCCCAUGAAACUCUCGUCGAAUUAGCUGAAAAACACUUCUCCCUCAAAGAAGGCUUGCCUGAACAACCAAAGCCUGCUUCCUUCUUGGGUUCCGAAGUUAGAAUGAGAGACGACACUCUUCCAAAGGCCUACAUUGCCAUUGCUGCUGAAGGUCCUGCAAUCGAUUCUCCAGAUUACUACACUGCUCUAGUCGCUUCUUCGGUUUUCGGCUCAUACCUCUACUCUGAACCCUUCUAUCACAAUUCAGGUGUCAAAUUGGCUUCCAUCUUAACCGAAUACCACGUAGCUGACUCAUACGACCACUUCUCUUUAUCCUACAAAGAUUCUGGUCUAUGGGGUUUUGUCACUGAAACUGCAAACAUUGGAAAUAUCGACGAUUUGAUCCACUUUACUCUCAAAGAAUGGAACAGAUUGUCCAUCUCUCUCACUGAAACUGAAGUCGAAAGAGCAAAGGCCCACCUAUCAACAAAACUAUUCAACCAAUUCAACUCCCCAAAGAACACUGCUUCAAUCAUUGGUAAGGAUAUCGCUUCUGGCGGUAGAACUGCCACAACUGCCCAGAUUCAACACAACAUCGACGCUGUAUCUUUAUCCAAAAUCAAAAACUGGGCUCAAGAUGCCUUGUAUGAUAAAGAUAUCGCCAUCUCUGGUACUGGUCAAAUUGAAGCUUUGCUCGAAUACUCUCGUAUUCGUGCUGAUAUGUCUAUGAUGCGUUGGUAA